AACCGAAGCGGCCUUUGGUUUUCGCUUCGAUCCCUUCCUCUCAUGGCUGUUGCACGAGGCGUUGCUUAAUUUCGAUUUCGAGCUUCCUCUUUGAUGAACUCGUUGAAACGAUCUUAAUCCUCAAAAUCUUUGAUCUUUUGUUGUUGGGAUUUGAGUUUUUAUUUUUAUUUUUGUUGUUGUUCCCUUUUGCCGCGGUUUUUGAUUCAGAGGUGCAUAAUUAUUUGAGAGCAGAGAAAUCAGCAUUUAUGUGCUACAGCUUGUAAUGAUCUACUGUUUGUUUAGUGUUUAUUAUAAACCAUAAGACUUUCGAGAGCUGAGGGAAUGUCAGCACCUGGGAAGUUUGAGUAUUCUUCUGGUGGGAUAGAUAGGCCUUUAUACAGAUCUAACUUUGCCGCACAGAUGGAAAGAUCGAGUAGCUUUCGCGAGUCCUUGGAACAUCCUGUGCCAUCUCAUCCAAUCAUGUUGAGGACCGCGUCACCAAUAGCACAAACUGAUGUAACAAAUUUCUUUCAGUGUUUGCGUUUUGAUCCAAAGGUGGUUGCGGCGGAUCACAAAUCUAUUCGUCAGGGUGACUUUAAGCGGCAUGUGAGUAUUGCUCUUGGAAUACAAGGAGAUGAGUCGCCUAGUGGAUCUUUGAAAGAGAAGUUAAUUCCAUGUCCUAUACCAGAAGAGAUCAAAAGAUUCAAGGCUGGUCUGCGGGAAAAUAAUGUGAAGGCCAGGGAGCGCGUAAAAAUUUUCAAUGAAGCUUCUUCUGUAUUUAACAAGUUUUUCCCAAGUGUACUGACAAAGAAGAGGUCUCGACCAGAAGGAUUUUCUGGUAACCGCUCGGGUGAGCGCUUGGUAUCAGGACCAGGCCUAGGUAAAAUGGGAAUUCAGGGUCAGACCCUGGCUGGUGGUUUUGAGCUUGACCAGCAAAAGUUGGAUGAACGACCUAAAAGUGGUGUUCCAAAUAAGCGAACACGUACAUCCAUGAUGGAUGUUAGAAGCAAUUCUAUUGUUCGACAGUCACCGCCUGUAGACAGAGAUAAAGAAAUAAUGCGGGUAGCGAGUCAUAAUGUAGUUCAGGGUGAAGAUCGAACUUCAAUCGGUAUUGAUGGUUGGGAAAAAACAAAAAUGAAGAAAAAACGCUCAUCUAUUAAUGUGGACUGUCAUCCUAACUCGGCUUCAAAAGUGGUGGAUGGAUACCGAGACUUGAAGCAGGGCAUACAACAGAAAUCAACCGGUGACUCACGGUCAAGAUUGAAUGGUGAUUCAAACAUGUUAAGGCAAUCGGCUGGUAAUGGAGCUAGCGGGUAUGGACGAGCUGAUAACCUCUCUCACCAGACGAGCUUGGCUGGGCAUUCUCCUCUGCCGAGGGUUGAUUCUGAUCAUAAUUCUUUGUACAAUGAGAAGAGGGAACGCUCCAUUGGAUCGGAUAAGGAAAGGGUGAAUCUCAGAGGCGUCAACAAGUCAAACAUUCAUGAUGAAUUCAAUUCGUCAAGUCUGGUUUCAAAUACAAAAACAAAUGCUUCAGUUCGUGGGCCAAGAUCAGGAUCGGGGCUACCACCAAAACUGUCUCCAGGGCUCCAUAACGCUCCGUCCCCAAUUGAAUGGGAUAUCUCUGGCUGUACGAAUAAGCCUCAAACAUUGUCAGGGGGUACACAUCGCAAGCGUAUGACAUCAAAUCGGUCUUCCUCACCACCUGUCACUCAGUGGGCCAGUCAAAGACCACAAAAGAUAUCUAGGAUAGCAAGAAGGACAAACAUAGUGCCCAUUGUUUCAAGUAAGGAUGAAGUUCCCUAUUCUGAUAAUAUAUCAGAUGGUGGCUGUAGUGAAACUGGGUUUGGAUUGCAUAAACGCUCACCAGCUGCUUCACCUCAAUUGAAACUAAAAGGUGAAAGCAGUUUCUCCACAGCAGCCUUAUCAGAAAGUGAAGAGUCUGGCCCCCCUGAGAUCAAGUCUAAAGAAAAGGGUAAACAGUUAGAUGAGGUUGAUGGGAACGCUGCACAGAAUAUUCCUAGAGUGUCUAUCCCUGCUUUACAAUCAAGAAAAAGUAACAAGCCUGCUGCUGGAGAGACUGGGGAUGGUGUGAGAAGGCAAGGAAGGACAGGCCGUGGCGUUUCUUCCACGAGGUCUCUUAACCCAAUGGGAGUAGAUAAACUUAAGAAUGUUGGAACAGCGAAACAUCUUCGCAGUGCAAGACCUGUUCUUGACAAAAGUGAAAGUAAGGUGGGUCGUCCACCCACUAGGAAACUAUCUGAUCGUAAGGCUUACAAACGUCAGAGAGCCACGGCAACAAAUGCUCCAACACUAGAUUUUCAUGUUGGGUCAGAUGAUGGCCGUGAGGAGCUACUAGCAGCUGUCAACUCAGCUGUAAAUUUUGCUCAUAAUUUUCCCAACUCGUUCUGGAAGCAAAUGGAGCGCUACUUUUGCUGUAUAUCUGAUGAUCAUAUCAAUUUCAUGAAACAACAGGGAGAACUCUCCUCCAUGGGUCCUACGCCUGUUUUGACAUCCUCUGACUAUGAUAGCCGUGUAUUUCCUGAGGAAUUUGCAACUAGCAGGGUGGAUUCCAAGGCUUCUCCACUUUACCAGAGACUGCUAUCAGCUUUGAUUUCUGAGGACUCAAUGGGUGAAAAUGAAGAUUUUCAAGUUAAUGGAUUUGGGGCCAUGCAUGAUCAUGAGGAUGACUCAGAAUUCGGUGUUCUGAAUAACAAUGAAAGGCUGGAACUUGAUGAAUCAGAAGAUGAUGGGUCUGCAAUUUUGUUCAAGGGUGUUAACAAGUCAGCCCACAUUGACUUCUUAGACAUUCAAUAUGAAAAAUUGGGGAUAGAUGAAAAGAUAUAUCUGGAAGCCCAGUCCAUUGGAAUAUCCUUAGAACCAAUGCCUAGUAUCUCAAGCGUGGAGGAUGAAGGGAUAGCUGACGAAAUUAAAAUGUUGGAGGAGGCUAUCUGCAAGGAGGGUUCCAAGAAGAAAGAGAUGGUGGAUAGGCUACUAAAGCCUGCCAUAGAGAUGAAAGAAGUUCAGGAGAAGGGGCUUGAUCAGCUUGGUUAUGAAAAGCUCAUUGAGAUGGCAUAUGAAAAGAGCAAGGCAAGUCGUCGUCAUCACAACGCUGGUGGAAAGAAUUCCAAUAACAAGAUUUCAAAGCAGGCUGCAUCAGCUUUUGUUAGAAGGACACUUGAACGAUGCCAUCAAUUUGAAAAGACGGGCAAAAGCUGCUUCAGUGAGCCUGAAAUUAAGGAUAUGUUCAUUGCCGGGUUGGCAACAGCUGAAGAUACUCUUAUGGACAAAGAGUAUAAUCCGUCGACUUCAACACCCAUGGGCUCACAGCCAAGCUCUUCUUUGGCACGCAUUGGGCAGAACUCGGAGAACUUUGCCAGUUAUGUUCUACCAUCUGAAAAUGCUUUAUUAGAACUAACGACAGGGAAAGAAGAUACAGCAUGGUCUAAUCGGGUCAAGAAGAGAGAGUUGCUGCUUGAUGAUGUUGGUAUCGGGACACAACUCUCAAGUAGUAUAAAAGGGAAGAGAAGUGACAGGGACAGAGAUGGGAAAGGGCAGGCUUCAUCUAGAAGUGGAACCAAUAAGAUUGGCCGGCCUUCCCUGUCCAAUGCUAAGGGUGAAAGAAAAACAAAAGCGAAACCAAAACAGAAAACAACUCAGAUAUCUCCAUCUGUUAGGGUCCCGGAGCAACCCAAACCAUUAUUACCAAAACCGAAUGAAGCAAACAGCGAGUAUAAUAACUUGGAGUCACUGGAGGAGACAGAGCCAAUUCUUGACUUAUCUCAGUUACAAAUACCAGAUGGCUUAGGAGAUUUUGAUACGCAACCAGGUGAUAUUGGUUCAUGGUUUAACAUGGAUGACGAAGAAGAUUUCGAUAUCAUGGAGCUUGGAAUACCAAUGGAUGAUCUCUCAGGCCUGAACAUAAAGUUGUGAGGUUACCUCCCCUUCUCACUUUAUCUAUCUGUAUAGUCUUGUUGGUUAUACUAGUUGACAACAGAUAAAAAAGCAUAAGGUAAAAGAAAAUUUUUGCUUCCUUGGGCGAAUAACCACCAAUACAGGUUAUUUGUUAUGUUAGCUCCAGAAAAUUAGGUCACAUAGAUUCUUUUCUUCAUCAUCUUCUUUUUCUUAGGCUUCUUUUUUUCGUCUUCUUAUACCUCCAAUAUCUCGGGUAAAACUCUUUUUACUUUCUUGAUGGAUGCUGGAUUUGGAUCCGGUGGGUAAGCUAGGUUGAUAGUUAACUUCUGGCUGUUAAAAAGCUGUUGUGACGGAAAGAAAGAAAGGGAAAAGGAGUGAUGAUGGUGAUGUUGUAGUGAUAUAUAUGUAUACAUAUAAGUGGAGGCUCUUCUUCUUUGAUCUUUUGGUUUCGUUUUUGGUAGUUUCCAUAACCUCAGGACCAUUACCUAUCUGUACAUACAUUUUAUGUUCCUUAAUAAAAUUCAGUUUCUCCCUCCGUUACA